GACAAGUAAAGGUGAGUUUUGUGUUUUGUUUUCAUUGGUUUGGAGAGUAUAUGAGAUGUGAAAGUUGACUUUUCAGAAUAUUUAUGAAAAGACUGGUUUGAAAUAGUUAUGAGUAUUGUGGAAGAGAGUGAAUAUGAACAUAUAACUAGCCCAGAGAGUGGUAGAGAUGAAGAGAGUAUUGAACAAGAUACUGCCACUGUAGAAAGAGUUUCUCAUAAGGAAGAUAGUGAAUAUUUGCAAGAUAGUUUGGAAAGGAUAGUAGAGGGAUUCUCGGAAGGUAAAAGUGAGGAGUGUUUAGACACUAAAAACGAAGAAAACUAUUCCGCGAACGGAAAGAAUAACUGUGAUAGUCGUACUGACAGAGAUUUAUUAUUAGAUAAGGUGGAAUGUAGUCCAGAAAAGUGUAAAAGAAAAGCAAGGGAGGAAAAGGAGGAAUGGACAGACGGUGGGAUCAAGGAACACUUGUGCAAGAAAAUGUGUCCUUUAGUUGCCAAUCAAGUAUGUGAACGUUGUGGAGGGAAGGGUCACUCAUCUAUUCAUUGCACUAGCUCAGAACAAUUGGUUUCAACCCAUCAUUCACAGUAUGUUGAUACCAGUCGUAAAGAACAUUCUUUAGCUUCUGGAAAGCAUGAAACUAGAAUAUGUUAUCAUUGUGGUAAUCAAGGGCAUUUGAUCAAGGAAUGUCCUUAUAUUUUCGUCUCUUCACCUCGUGUUUUUGUUCCCAGUUAUGAAGGUUGGCAAGUUGGUCCAUCAUGGGUUGGAACCGUUCCUGUUAUGCCAGUUCAUGUGCCACUUUAUCCGCUCACUUCAAGUCCUCAACGUGCGAGAGGAAGUAGAAUUCGAUGGGAAGGAUGGAAUCGUUCUCCAACUAUGCACUUGGAUAGUUGGGCAACAUUGAACAAUCAUUCUGCGUUGACAGAGCAUCAACUUGGUGCAGUUGGGGCUUCUUCUUAUGCUAUGAAGAAUAAAGUGAAUCAUGGCAGAUGUUUUCGUUGUGGUAAAUAUGGACAUUGGACGAGGGACUGUCCUGAGAAGCCUGUAGAUGCUGCUCCCGAUGGUUGUUACAAAUGUGGUCAACGUGGUCAUUUAGCAAGAGAGUGUACUGCUUGUUAUAUUUGUUUAAGUUCUGAACAUAAGGCAAUUCAUUGUCCAAAGAACCCUAGAGCUCGAUGAAGGAACCUAUAUUUCAUAAACAUUGAAAGGUAGAGUUUUUAUUCAAUC